UGGGAGUGGACCACACGGAGCCGGAGGUCCCGGCUGACACGGUGGGAAGGCGGGUGUCCUGCGACGGGGAGCGGGCCACGGUGCGGUACGUGGGCUCGGUGCCUCCGACAUCAGAGACCCUGACCUGUUCCAAUGCUGCCACAGAACCACUGCAUAUAGCCACUCUGCUCAGCCCAGCCUACGGCCACAGCAAACAGCUCAGCAGCAAACACACUAAUGUGGUCGGAUGUCCUCCUCCUGCACCCAGAAUUAACAGCAGGGCUGUGGCUCGGUGUGGAGUGGGAUAACCCAGAGAGAGGGAAACACGACGGCAGCCAUGAUGGAGUCCAGUUCUUCACAUGCAGACACCCUAAGGGAGGCUCCUUUGUGCGUCCAGGUAAGGUGAGCUUCGGCGUGGAUUACCUGACGGCGGUGGAGCAGAAGUACGUCUACGACACGGAGAAGAACUACAUCGAGUGGGAGGGGUGGAGCUCGAAGCUCAGUAUUCAGAUGCUGACGUCAGUGCUGCUGGGGGGCUGUGAAGUCCAUGGACCUGGACUGGAUGGACAAAUCCGGAAAACUACACCCCAGGUGAAGUGGUUGGAUCUGUCUAAGACUCUGAUGUCUCGCUGGGAGGACGUGGCGUCCGUCACCAGACAGCUGGAUCACCUGGAAGGACUCCAGCUCAGCUCAAACAGGCUGCGGUUGUCCUCAGAGCCGAGCGCUCACGGCGAGGCGUUUCUCCGACUGAAGACCCUCGCCCUCAACAGCUGUGACCUCACCUGGCCUCAGAUCCUGGAGUGCGCCCCCAUGUGGCCACAGCUGGAGGUCCUGAGUGUGGAGGGGAACAACAUCACAGAGCUGCAGAGGCCGGAGGGAGUCCUGCAGACCCUGAAGACCCUCAGUCUGUGUGAGAACCCUUUAAACCAGGACACGCUGCUCCAGAUCGCUGCUCUGCCCAGAUUAGAAGAGUUAAAUCUGUCGAAGACCGGGCUGACUGAGCUUCGGUUUGAAGAUGCUGCUCCUGGAUCUGUGACAGCCAUGUUCCCCGCCCUGAGGAAUCUGUACCUGGACCACAACAGCAUCAGUGAGUGGUCCGUGGUGGACGAGCUGGCCAAGCUGCCCAGUUUGUUGAAGUUGUCGUGUCUGAGUAACCGCCUGGCGAGCAAAGACGGAAACCCGCAGACAGCAACGCAGCUGCUCAUCGCCAAAAUGGGACGGCUGGUCGUCCUCAACCGCUGCGAGAUCCACCCUGAUGAGAGGAGGGGGGCGGAGCUUGAUUACCUGAAGAUGUUUGGGGAGGAGUGGCUUAAAGCCGGAGGGGGCCGUCAGCCAGACAGCCAGUUCACCCAUCAGCAUCCUCGCUACCUGACCCUCAUCGACAAGUAUGGCGCUCCAGAAGAAGGCGAGCUGAAGAAGCCGGAGGAAUUUGCUCUGAAAAACGAGCUGUUAAAGAUCCUGUUCGUGUUCCCUGAAGAUGCUGACAGGAAGUCGAUAGAGAAGAAACUUCCAGCCUCCAUGGUGAUCCAGAAGGUGAAGGGCCUCCUCUACAGGCUGCUGAAGAUCCCUGCAGUAGAACUGAAGCUCACCUACACCAGUCCAAAGAUGGAGGGGACAGAGUUUGAGAUCGACAACGACCUGAAGUCUCUGCGGUUUUACUCCAUCGAGGACGGGGACCGUGUCCUGGUCCGCUGGUCCUGAUCCAGAUUCAGGAGGUGAAAAACAAGGACUUAUCGGACUAAACGCUCUCUGCUUUGGGGUCAGACCCAGAUGCAGGAGCAGACUGGAUGCUUUCUAUGUGUGGCACUGAGACGUGGAUUUACUUUAUGAGGACUCAGUCAGGAUCUUUCAUGGUAAUCUGUUGGCUCCACCUCCUUCAGGACAGCUUUAGAGCUUUGCAGCAAUCACAGCAGCCUUCACUAACACCUGAGUACAAUAAACAAGCAGCAGAGCUGUCAGCAGAUCCUCUCUGAAUUAUUCUGUUUAUUAUUGAACUACUAGCUCUGUGAAUGAGCGAGAGGUUUAUGAGGCAGGACAGCCUCCUGAACGAGGAGGGACAAACUAAACCAGGAGGCCAACAUCUGAAAAUAAAGGAAAAAAUUACACUGUU